AUGCGAGUGCUGGAGGAGGACCUGUACCCGUCGACGCCGGGGAAGGUGAAGGUGGAGCGGGCGGGGGCGAUGAGCCGGCACCUCCACCGCUGCUUCGCGUCCACGGGGACCAUGUUCCUGUGGGCGCUCUUCCUGGUGGCCAUGACGGCCACGUACCUGAGCGUCCACUCCUUCGUCGACACCUCCUCCCGCUACUUCGCGGCGUCCUGGGGCGGGCUGCACUGGGAGCGCCAGAUCCGGGCGUCGGCGUCGCCGCGGCGGCCCCCGGGGUCCGCGGAGGGCGCCGGGCUGUCCGUGCUCGUCACGGGCGCCGCGGGGUUCGUGGGCACGCACUGCUCGCUGGCGCUCCGCAAGCGCGGCGACGGCGUCGUGGGCAUCGACAACUUCAACUCAUACUACGACCCUUCCCUCAAGAAGGCCCGCCGCGCGCUGCUGGGCUCCCACGGCGUGUUCGUCGUGGAGGGCGACAUCAACGACGGCCGCCUCCUGGCCAAGCUCUUCGACGUCGUGCCCUUCACCCACGUGCUCCACCUCGCGGCGCAGGCCGGCGUGCGCUACGCCAUGGAGAACCCGGCGUCGUACGUGCAUUCCAACAUCGCCGGCCUCGUCUCCCUCCUCGAGGCCUGCAAGGACGCCGACCCGCAGCCGGCCGUCGUGUGGGCGUCCUCCUCCUCCGUCUACGGACUCAACGACCGCGUCCCCUUCUCGGAGGCGCACCGCACCGACAGGCCGGCGUCGCUGUACGCCGCCACCAAGAAGGCCGGCGAGGAGAUCACCCACACCUACAACCACAUCUACGGCCUCUCCGUCACCGGCCUCCGCUUCUUCACCGUGUACGGGCCGUGGGGACGCCCCGACAUGGCCUACUUCUCCUUCACCCGCAACAUCCUCCAAGGGAAGCCCAUCACGGUGUACAGGGGCAGGGACCACGUCGACCUCGCCCGGGACUUCACCUACAUCGACGACAUCGUGCGCGGCUGCCUCGCGUCGCUGGACACGGCGGGCCGAAGCACCGGCACCGGCGGCAAGAAGCGCGGCCCGGCACCGUACCGGAUCUUCAACCUCGGGAACACGUCGCCCGUCACGGUGCCCACGCUGGUGUCCAUCCUGGAGAGGUACCUGCGGGUGAAGGCCAAGAGGAACGUGGUGGAGAUGCCCGGCAAUGGCGACGUGCCCUACACGCACGCCAACAUCAGCUUGGCACGGGAGCAGCUCGGCUACAAGCCCACGACCAGCCUGGAGAUGGGGUUGAAGAAGUUCGUCAGGUGGUACCUCUCCUACUACGGAUACAACAGGGGAACGCAUACCUUCAGGAAUUCAUGA